AUGCGGAUUCCUCCCGAGAAGCUCCAAAAACCAUUCAUAAUCUCGUCCGUGAUGUUCGGUGGAACUCUGCUAGGUCUGCUCAUAUGGGCUGUGUCAAACGUCCACAGUGCCGGCCCGCUCUUCAAGGAGCCUGGCAAACCUGAGAAUGGAAGCAUCGGAUGGGCUAUGAUGUUUGGGAUUACGGCAAUUCUUGGGUCAUGGGGCGGAGGUACCCUAGGACAAAGUGAUUGGACGCGCUAUGCUAAUCGCCCUUGGAUCAUCGUGACCUCCUGCGCGCAACAGAUCACCGGGCAGCUCAUCUGGGAGCCAUUCCAGCUGCUGAGCCUUCUGCAAGAUUUCUAG